AUGAAGGACUACAGGAGCAUGCGGAAGCUGCUUGCCUUGCACGUGGACGGUGUUGCGGCCAACGCCACACCUUUGGACGAUGGCCCACAUGCGAGCGCGACAGAGAGGGCGCCGUCAAAGGAUGUCUCCCCUAGUGGUCCUCCGCUACCAGCACAACAUGCUGGUGGACCACCUACUGCAUUAGGUGGAUCCAAGGAGACGACACCCGUAGAGACUGCACAGGCAGAGGCCGCGCAUGUUGCACAGUCAGGUGGGGAGGGGUUGCACGAGAAUGAGGCGGCGAAGGAGAAUAACAAGAGAGCGAAGGGAAACGAUGCACAGGUGGCUGAUGUGGCGGUGGAGAGGAAGGACAAGAAAAGGCGGCACGAGAGGAGGUCAGAGGAGGAGAAAAGCAGCGGCGAGCAUGCGCGUUUGGAGUUGGGUAGGACGGAGCAGCUGCUGGCGGAGGAAAGGGCGAAGGCGGGAAAGCUUGUGUCGCACGUGAAUACGCUGGUGAAUAACGUCGAGCGUGUGACAACGUCGGCCAACAAGACGCUGGACCGGGCUGCACGAAUAGAGGGUGCCAUUACGGAUGGUGUGCAGCAGGUGGUCCAACAAAUUGCGGAGCAGAAAACGGUAGCGGAGAUAUCGCGAGGCAAGAUUGAAAACGCGGUAGCAAGCUUGCGCAAUAGUGUUGGCGAAACCCGAGUCGAGCUGAAGACGCUUAUUGAGAAGACCCUGGGCGAGAUGAAAUCAUCGUUCGACAGUUCGGUCGCUGGAGCUCUGACACAAGCAGCGGAGCAGCUUUUGGGCACCCUGGGAGCGACCACCCUCGCUCGGGUGGAGCCACACGUGCAGGAGUCUGUGUAG